UAUGGAUUACCUCGCGGACAGGCCAGGUACGAACGAUCCGAAACAAGCGACCUCAGCGAGUCUUUUGCCGGCGCAAACCGACGCUUCGAUAUUCAGAACGUAUUUUGAGGUUUCAUCAUAAGACUUGCCUUGAUUGCAUUCAUACCGUUGCGGUCAAGGCAUGGCAGUUGCGAUCUUGAAAACAGAUCUAUCGAGUACAUCGUUUUUGCAGUGAUCGGUCACGCGAACAGGCCAGACAAUUUUCUUUCGAGUAUUGCGCAACUCUUCCGGUCUUUUGAAAGUCAAAAUUAGCAAUGGCAUCCACCACCAUGUCCAAGAAGGCCAAGGGAAAGAAAAUGGCUGAUCCCAAUGAGACCUCCAAGUUGCUCGCAGCCAAGAUUUCGCAACUGGAGCAAGAUGCGGCCGGGGAGAAAGAUCAAGAAGCCGAAAUAGAACGCGAGGUGAAAAAAGCUACAAGAGACCUGAACCAACUGCUCAGCAAUAUCGAAUCGCCAAUGACUCGCCUUGAGACAGUCCAUAAGAAGUACACCGAGUUGCUAGCCGAGAUGAAAAAGCUGGACCGUGACUAUACCAAGAGCAAGAAACGAGCGGAUCAGCUGCAGAAAGAACAGGAUAAGGGCAAGUCGGAACUGAACAAGACAGCUACUAUGAAGGACAAGUUGGAGAAGCUUUGCCGAGAACUUACAAAGGAGAACAAGAAAGUGAAGGACGAAAAUAAGAAGCUCGAGGAAACGGAAAAGCGAGCUCGCAUGAUUGUCAAUGAACGUCUGAACUCUCUCCUUGUCGACAUUCAAGAUGUGAUGGCCCCCAAAGAGACUCGGAAGUAUGAGAAGAUGGAUAUUGAUAUGGAUGAUGCGAUUCGUGCCAAGAUCAAGACAAUUGGAGAAAAGUUCGAGUUGCGGGAAUUCCAUUUCAAAGCCCUUCUACGCAGCAAGGAUGCGGAAAUUCAAAGCCUUGUUGCGAAAUAUGAAGAGCAGAAACGGGCUGCCGAAAGUGAAGCGUCCAGGUGCCGUGCUCUCACUGCGCAAGUUUCGACUUUCUCCCACACAGAGGUUGAACUCCGUAGUCAGCUCAAUAUAUAUGUCGAAAAGUUCAAACAGGUUGAGGAUACGCUAAAUAACAGCAAUGAGCUGUUUCUGACUUUCCGAAAGGAAAUGGAGGAGAUGUCGAAAAAGACAAAGCGACUGGAAAAGGAAAACCUCACUCUGACCCGCAAACAUGACCAGACAAAUCGCAAUAUUCUAGAAAUGGCAGAGGAACGCAAUAGAAACCAGCAGGAGCUAGAGAAGUACCAGAAAAAAUGUCACCAUCUCGAGGCGCUGUGUCGCCGUAUGCAAGAGCAAGGUCGAGGGCACGGGUUCACGAGCGGCGAUGCGAAUCACGUCGGUGAUCAUGCCCUUUCCGGCCAUCUCGAAGGUGACGAAGAAGGCACACAAAGUGACUACGAUGACGAGGACGAUGACUAUGAGGAUGAGGACGAGGAUGAAGAUGGUGUGAUGAGCGAUGAAGAGGAAUACGAAGCUCUACGCCAGCGUUUUCCAGAGCAAGCCACUAUGGAGAAACCUGUUUUUGGACCACCGCCUCCCCCAGCAUUGGCAGAAGCACGCACCAACGGAAAUAGAAUAAGCUAUUAGAUAGAGGAUUAGGCGGGAGCCCAGUCCAUAGUAUCGACUGGUGGCAACUCUCUCUAGCCAUUACUUCUUUGCCGGUUGGGUGCAUUUGUUUCGACAUGCCCGAUAGGUGUUUAGAUUCAUUGCGCACCUGAUUUUUGGAUCAAUAACUGGGCGUUGAAUGCGCCGUGCUGUAAGUACUAGAUAGGGCUAGAGCUCGCAACCAGGACUCCCUAGACGCACGUCCUCACCUGUA